UUUCAUUUACAAAAUUAGAAAUUUGGAAAUACAAAAUGCCAGAAGUAGAUAUUGAAUGGCCAUGGCAAUACAAUUUUCCACCGUUUUUCACGUUGCAGCCACAUCCUGAAACAAGAGCAAAGCAAGUAGAUGCAUGGAAGUCAUUAAUUUUAAACUUUUGCGAACAAACCAAAACUUACACCCUAGAUGUAAGAGACACAAACCAGUCACCUUUAUUUAAUAAUUCAUCAAUAAACAGAAAAUUAGAACAAAACGUUAUAAUCUCUAUACUAAGCGAAUUGCAAAAAAGUGGCCAUGCAUCUCCUGUAGAUAAAAACAAAAACCGGUGGGAAAUCUAUUGGCAUACCCAAGAGGAAUGGGCUAGCAUUGUAUAUGAUUCUAUUUGUGAAAGGGGUAUGCAAAAUACAGUGGUUACAUUAUUUGAACUCACACAAGGAGAGGAUGUUUCAGAUGCAAUCUUUUUUGGAAUGAAUCAAGAGGUACUUAUUAAAGUUUUGCGGGUUCUAGAAAAUGAAAGAAAGUGUGAACUUAUACUAGAAGAUGAGAUACAAGGAGCAAAAUUUUUUUAGCUAUUGAUGAAGUGCAUUUUGUCGGAUCCAAGUGAUAAGUUUAAAAUAAUUGAAUGGGUCCGCCGAAUAACAUUGUAAGCGCCACAUUGUUUGUUUUUGAGAAGUCAAAGAAAAAGUUUUAAAAUUAUAAUAAUGGUGAGUUUAUAAAUUUUACGGGUGACUAAUAUGGUUUGUAAUUUGAAUUUACAAACUUUAUUACUAACUCUUAAAAUGUUUAAGUUUGCCAUUGUUAUAAUUUUAAAACUUCUUUUUCGAUUUCUUAAAAACAAGUGAUGUGGCGCUUACAACACUAUUCGGCAGACUCAUUCAAUUAUCUGUGCCACUCUUGAUUAAUUUAUAACUCAUAAUGCCCAUGUAUAAUUUUAUUUAAAAAAUAUAUUUUAUUAUUUACACCUGCAUUUAGAGAUAUUUAUAAACUUACAUUGAGAAUGUUAGGAGGCAUAUGUCCAACCUUUGCCACAGUGCAGUACUACAGAGUAGAAGCAGCCAACCGUUAGUGUAAUAAGAGGUCUAUUUGUGUCAUAAUACAGCCAAGGUGUUAAGUUAUGUAUAUUCUAAGUAGUAUGCUUUUUAAUUCAAUGUCCACUAUUAUUAUAAAUACAUAGGUGAAAAUGUUUUAUUAUUUUAUAUUCCUUAUUAUUAAAUGAAUUAUAUUUGUAAA